AUGCAGCUCUUCAACUACUCCAUUCCUCUUCUGGGUUUCUGGCAACAGGCAGGAGACUGGAUGUCCAAUACCGCACAGUCAAGACUUGAUUCCAUCCAACAAAGUUUGGGUGCUGGUCCAAACACGCAGAACAAUACCAUGGCGUACUCUUUGCCCCAGCUGGGAUACAGCUAUGACGCCCUCGAGCCACACUUUGACAAGGAGACCAUGGAGAUUCACCACUCCAAGCACCAUCAGACUUACGUCAACAACCUGAACAGCCUCCUCAAGGAGCACAGCCAGCUCAACACGCUCAACGUAGACGACCUGGUGACGAAGCUCGAUCAGGUUCCACAGGACAAGCAGAAGGGCGUUCGCAACAACGCCGGUGGUCACUCUAACCACAGCUUCUUCUGGCAGAACCUCAAGCUAGGCACCUCAUUGGACGGUGACCUCGAGACAGCAAUCAAGAAGGAUUUUGGAAGUGUUGAAGACUUCAAGGCGAACUUCGAGAAAGCAGCCACCACUGUAUUUGGAUCGGGCUGGGCUUGGCUUGUCAGCCAAAACGGUACAUUGAAGAUUGUGACCACCGCCAACCAGGACAGCCCAUUAAUGGGAGAGAGCGUAGCUGGCGCAAAGGGCUUCCCGAUUGUUGCCUUGGACGUCUGGGAGCACGCUUACUACCUCAAGUACCAGAACCGCCGUCCUGAUUACAUCAAGGCUUUUUGGAGCGUCGUGAAUUGGGACUUUGCCAAGCAGCGCUUCUCGCAGGCCAAGUAA